GGGAAGGGGGGAUCUCGCGAGAGGCUCUGCUGCAGGAGGAGGCGGUGGCAGCUCCAGCGCUGCUGCUGCGGGAGCGGGAGCGCGAGGAGGAGCCGGCUCGCGGGCGCGCGCGCGCUUGCCCCCUCCCAGCCCCGAAGCCUGGAGCGGAGGGGCUGCACCAUUCGGAGUGCCUCGUCGGUGCCUUGCCUUGCAUUGCAGAGCAUUGCAUUGCCCUGCAUUGCAUUGCGUGACUGUUCAGAUUGUCUCCCUCUCCCCCUUUCCCCCUACCCCUAUCCCCGCUUCUUUGACAGCGGAGCAGCCCUCGGGCGGCUCAGGACAGAGAAGACGUGGAUAGGUCCUUGACUAUAACUGGGUGUCAAGGGCUAGUGUCACCAUGGCAGAGAAAGUGAACAAUUUCCCUCCCCUGCCCAAGUUCAUCCCACUGAAGCCAUGUUUCUAUCAGGACUUCGAGGCUGAGAUUCCCCCUCAACACCUCACCAUGACCAAGCGCCUCUAUUAUCUUUGGAUGUUAAACAGCAUCACAUUGGCCAUGAACCUGGUGGGCUGCUUGGCGUGGCUGAUUGGAGGCGGUGGAGCUGUUAACUUUGGACUGGCCUUUCUCUGGUUCAUUCUCUUUACCCCCUGCUCCUAUGUCUGCUGGUUUCGGCCCAUUUACAAAGCCUUCAAAUCGGACAGCUCUUUUAACUUCAUGGCCUUCUUCUUCACCUUCUUGGCUCAACUGGUCAUCAGCAUUAUCCAGUCUGUGGGGAUUCCUGGCUGGGGAGUCUGUGGCUGGAUUGCAACCAUCACUUUCUUUGGGACCAAUGUGGGAGCUUCUGUGGUGAUGCUCAUCCCCACCAUCAUGUUCUCGCUCAUGGCUGUCUUUUCCUUCAUCGCCCUCAGCAUGGUUCAUAAAUUCUACCGGGGCAGUGGUGGGAGUAUAAGCAAAGCCCAAGAAGAGUGGACUACCGGGGCUUGGAAGAACCCACAUGUUCAGCAGGCAGCCCAGAAUGCUGCCAUGGGGGCUGCCCAGGGAGCUGUGAGCCAACAUCAGAACCCAUAUUCUGCCACCCCCAAUUACACUUAUUCCAAUGAGAUGUGAACCGGAGACUGGGAGGGCAGGGAAGGGGGAAAGUAGGAAGGCAGGGAGGAGCUGAUCUAAAGCUGCCUUGUGUCCAUCUUGGUGAUUAAAUUGAGGUUGCCCUUUCCUAUCUUUUCCUUUCUUUCCCUACCUUUCUACUUUGUAAAAAGGAAAAGAAUUACAUAUAUAUGUAUAUUUCCCCUCCCACUGUUCCAACCCCAUUUUCCCUUUGUGGUAUCUGCAGAAGCCGUGGGUCCAUGUGGCAGACGGUGCUAUGUGGUAGUACCUGUGUGUCUGUGUUUCAUCGUGAUCUAGUGUACAGUGGAGAUGCCCAUUGUUGUGGUGCUAAGUAUGUUUUAGAAUCAAGCCAGUCCCCAGGGCCAUGGCAUGUGGUUCCCCACCUUGCCCUCACCCUGCCUGGACCUCAUCUCCAACUUGACAUGACAGCUAAGGACAUCCUCCCUGCCUGACUUUGGAGCUGGACAGGGCGGCCCAUUACAGGCCAGCUCAGAAUGUUGUUCCCAAUGGACUCCUGCCCAUCCUGCUCUCUUUCUCUUGAAGCUGUUGAUUGGGGGUGUGGGUAGGGGAGGAGGUAUGGACUUCUGAGACAUCUCCUCUUUGCCACCCCUUAGCUCUUCCUCACUGCCAUGGUGUCACGAGCUGGGGAUGGUUUCUUCAGUGUGUCGGAAAACGACAGUAUUAGUAUAUGAUUGCUGCACUACAGGGCUGAGUUAACUAUCCCACCUGUCUCUCUCUUCUCUCUAAUUUUAUAUUUUGUUGCUUCCCAUCUCUUGGACUCACCCCAUUUCUUCCUCCCCUGUGCCCAGUGUGUAUUUUUCACUUGGCCUUCCUGAAGCUUGGUGUUUCACAGAUUGGGUCCAAGCUUUAGGAAAUGACCUAAGUCAGAUGGUUCCUUCCCCGCCUUUAUCCAGGGCUGAGAUGAGUGAUGUCUCCAUCCUUUCUUCGGUCUCCUGCCUGGUCCUCCCAAGCUAAGGGGAGCUGAGCUGCCCCCAGUCCCACACAGUGCUCUGCUGGCUGGGUGUGGGUAUGAAUGGUGGGGUGCCCCAUAGCCAGAAGAACAGCUCUGCAUCAUGACAAUGUUUGUUCCUGGAAGGAGGGAGAAGUAGCUUGAAUAGUGUGUGCAUGCAGGAAAGUGCCCAUGACUUUGAGAUCUUGGCCUGCAAAGGCAGAGGGAAGAGGCCAGACUUAGACUGGAAACAGUUUUUCAAACUCCCAUCAGAACAAAGCAGUGGCUUUCCCUGUCCCAGAGAGUCCCUCCAACUCUCCCCCUCCUCUUCUUUUUGGCUCUCUUUCUUCUCUUCACAACCUAACCUGCCUGCCCCCACCAGUGACUCUCUGAGAUUUGAGACCUUUAUUCAGGUUACCCUCUAGCCUGCUGAAACCCUGUCCAUGCCAAAGGCUCCAUUAUCUCUACUUACCCAUGGCUGCUCAACUCUCCCUGUCCCUUCUUGAUGCCCAGUGGCAUUGGCAGAUUACAAGGGGGCAAAACUAACUUCCUUUAAAGGGCAGACAUUCAAUCACUUCUUGGCAGUUGAUACAAUCAUUGUCUGGGACUAACAGGUGAAAGUGCAGCUUGAGUUGAGAGUGCUAUGGCACACUUUUAUAUCUGGAACGAUCAGGGGCUCCUGCCCAGGGAGGCAAAACAGGUUAUAGGCAUCUAGCAAUUGCUGGGGACAUGAAGGAGACAUGAUCUGUUCUGACCUUUGAAACACGUUGGUAGCUGCAUGGCAUGAUGGCUCCGGCCUGUGGGCCCAGGAAAACCUGAUGGGGCUUUAUCCUUGGCAUUGAAUGUCUGCCCUGCAGUGGGAAUUAAGGUCUCUGGUCUUCAGGUGUCCUCAGCCCUUGACCCCAAAAGGAAGUGAGGCAAAUUGGGUUGUUUGGUUCAUCAGAAAGCUUUUUCAGUCAUCCUUAGUUGGGCUCCUUUCAUGCACUCUGUGUGGCCAGAGACCUCCUUUGGAGACUCCCAUUCACACACCUACUCUCCAGACUCAGUCCCGGUCAGUUUGAUGGGGAGAGACAGUACCAUACAGGGAAGCUCUGGUCUAAUUGGAGAGACACGAUUUUUACUCUCAAGCACUCCCUGCUCCAAGUGUUAUGGGGAAGAAAUAAGCCCUGUUUCCAAUUUGGAACCCCUUGUCUGCUGGAAUCUCUACUUUUAGAGAGUUCUUAGUCUGAUGAGGGGGACAGGACUCAGAACAUAAACUAUGGACUUAGCCAAACAACUCUGUAAAGACACAUAUGACCCACCUCAGAUGGAAGCACUGCAGGUAGAAAAGAAUUUCCAGCAGGGGUGUUCUCUAGACAUUGGGGCCUUUAAAAUGAAGGAAAUGCUGGCCACUAUAAAUCUUACCCACUGAUGCCCCAAGUCCCUGCAGCUGAAGCCCGUUCUGAGCCUCACUGUCUUUGGGGUCAUCUUAAGAUCAACCAUCACUUGGAGAGAAUUGUAUGGGGCUAACAACACUUUUCCUUCUAUGACACAGAAGCUUCUUCCUACUUCCACCUCUGCAUUGAUUUUUGGUCCCUUACUCAGCACAAAGGUCAGAAUUUGGUCCUCUGUGUUUGGAAAAAAUGAAGGUUGCAGUCUAUGGACCAUCCCCUUCUGGGUCAGGCAGCAAUAGUUUUCCAUCCACUAUCCUAUCCUUGAUGUCUCUCUGGUUACUUUAUACGCUGAAUUUUGUAUUGUGACUGUCAGUUUUCUUUGUGAAGGGCAUAGGAAAAAAAACCAAACCCAUUCUGAAUUUCAGUCCUGUAUAUGAUAUUAAAAGGAAAUACUCCAUCCAGUGCGAUAUCCCCAUUUGUACCAACCUGCUUAGUAUGAUGCUUCUUGUGUUUGAGCCCCUCCUCUGCUGCUUGUUGAUCAAUAGAGACCAGAUAGAGGCUUUGGGCAGACCAGCCAUCUGCCAUCAUGGGGCCUCAUGCAGCCUGGCUGAUAAUCUCCCAGAAACUCUGGGUCCUUUGUUUAUCCUCCAUAUGACUGACUAUGUGAUCGCUUGACAUCUGAGUGCCCUUUCCAGUAGUGAAUCUCUUUUUGCUAUUGUCAGAUUUAUCAAGCCUCUGGGGCUCAGGGCCCCUGUCUUGCCAUGGAUUAACACAGGCAAAUUCAAGCCCCUUUUGGAGUCCCUUUUGGGUUCUCUGCACUUAGGGAGAGAAUGAUCUCUUGUAAGAACUGGAAACUGCAUGGGGAGACUUUGUUUAAACCGGUUCUCAAGUUCGAGUCUGUAGAUAGCUAAUUCCCCUUCUUGUUAUCGCUUCUUUCCAUAGUACAUUAAGAUACUGGUUUAGGAACCCAAGGUGACCGGGUCGGAGAGUCACAUACUCCUAGAAUGUUAGAACUGAAAGGGGGCUUAGAGACCAUCUCAUCCAACCCGUUGCAUUUUAGAGAUGGGGAAACUGAGGCCCACAGAGAGGAAGUUGUUUGCUCAAGGUUACAUAGCUAGCGAGUGGCAGAAUCAGGACUCACCCCAGCAUUUCUGGGCUCUUAGUCUUGUGCUUGCUUCUCAAGACCGUGUUUUCUAUUCCCCACGAGACAGACAAAUGCUGCUCCUUCCUCUGCCCUAUAGCAGGAAGGGACUGUAGGGUAAACAGGUAAGUUGUCCUUCUCUUCUUCUCCUGUGUCCCCAGCCCCAGAUUCCUGGUGCUGUCAGUUCUUUUUUAGAAAACUUGUGACUUGCUUUCUGUCUGAUAACCCCAGAAGAUCCCUGCAGUGCAGCAUGAGGUCAUUUCCCCUCAAGCCUGCUUCCUGUGGGGCUUGUAAUUUCACUGGGACUUUCACCUAGCAUUCUGUCUGCCAUACUCACUUUGCAUUUCUUCCCAGAGUCCUCUCCGCUCAGACCUGCUGGAGAUCACAGGCCAAGCAGUGAUUUUAAGCUAACAAAUGGGCGGGUUAUGUAGUCUUUUGCUAGAAGCCCAGUCCAGUGUCCAGGGUCCAGUCCAUUGGGUGCUGCCCUAGUCUACCCUCCCAGGGAGUGGGGGCUCUGGUUCUGGGUAUCUAUGCACUUUGCCCCACCCCAGGGAAGGCUGGGAGGACUUGCAUUCUCUCCCAACUUUGUAGCUUCUCUGAAAGGCAGGUGGUCCCUCUCUUCCUACACUCCAAACUGAUUUAAGUAAGAGGUAGGCACUUAUUGUCUGACUUGGGCAAAGGGAAAGGAGCUCCAAUGUAGGCCUAGAGCAGGGGUCAGGGUGGGGUGGGGGGAGGGGGAAAGGAGUGUUCUCUGGUCCCUUGUCAGCGCCUGGCCAUCUGGAGAAUAACUGAAUUUCCUUUUUGUCCUGACACCCUCCAUUGGACAGAAGGUAUUUUUAUGUUACUCACUGGGGUUUGGCCACAUUCCCUGUGCCAAUCUCCACUUUGAGCCAUUCUGUAUUUGUCCCUGGUAACUGAGUGUUGACUCUGUACACUUAUUAACAAUAAACAAGAAUCAUCUGGCA